GUAUGUCUAUUUACUUUGACAGAUAUGAAUGAGGUUAUAUUUUAAUGUUUACAAAUUUUACAACAACCAAAUUUAGAGAAAUCAUUAUCUAGGUUCAUUGUUUCUUUAAAGAUUAUUAACUUUAUUCAAGUUCACAUCCACUUGAUAUGCACUAACCGUUCAGAUUGUUCCGAAACCCACAGACUUUUUCAAAAUGCCGGAUUUUAAGAACAUUUUUAAAGAAGCUGCAAUCCAAAUAGGAUCUGGCGGAUCAGCUGGGUUUGUGGAAGUAUGUAUUAUGCACCCAUUGGAUUUGGUCAAAACUAGACUGCAAAUUCAGUCUGGGAAAACAUUGCCCAGAACCGAUCCAAAAUAUUACAAUGGAGUUUUCGACUGUUUAGCUAAAAUGUACAAAUACGAAGGAAUCACAUCGUACUGGAAAGGAAUUAUACCUCCUAUUUUGGCAGAAACACCAAAACGUGCAGUAAAAUUUUUUACAUUUGAACAGUACAAGCAGCUAUUUUUGUUCGGGUCAUCUACACCUACUCCACUGACUUUUUCAUUGGCUGGUCUUGGUGCUGGGUUGACAGAAGCUGUUUUGGUCAAUCCAUUUGAGGUGGUUAAGGUCUCUAUGCAAGCCAAUAGGGCUGUUGGCAAAGAAUUACCUAGUACAUGGGUUGUUACUAAACAAAUCGUGGCAAAACAUGGUUUCGGCUCUAGAGGUUUAAAUAAAGGCGUUACAGCGACAAUGGGCCGCAACGGAGUGUUUAACAUGAUAUAUUUUGGGUUCUAUCAUUCCGUUAAAGGAUUUUUACCCAAAACUGAGGAUCACCUGAAAGAAUUUGGUUCUAAAGUAGGAAUAGGAUUUGUCUCUGGAACGCUAGCUUCCUGCGUUAAUAUUCCUUUCGACGUUGCCAAGUCUAGAAUCCAGGGACCUCAACCAGUUCCUGGUCAGAUUAAAUACAAAGGAACAAUUAACAGUAUGAUUAUUGUGUACAAAGAAGAAGGAUUUAUGGCUCUUUACAAAGGAUUAGUACCAAAAGUAAUGAGGUUAGGUCCAGGCGGUGCUAUCAUGCUUGUUGUCUAUGAUUACAUGCAUUCUUAUCUGUCAAACACUUUUAAAUAAUACCUACCUUUUAAGUGUUCUUAUGCAAUUCGAAAUUUAUCUUUUUUGGACUGAUUUGUGUUGAUAUUCUCCUUUUAAGUACAAAGCCAUAUAUGUUUACAUUUUGAUAGUAUUUUAGGUAAAUAAUAAUUUUUAAGUAUUUUCAGUGCAGAUGAAUAUCUAAAUUUUUUUAGGAGAAUUAUUUUAUUAUAUCGUAAUAAGAUAUAGUGAUUUUGCACAUAUUUUAUGUCUUAUACAAUUUUUAGCACAUUUUUUAUGAAGUAUUUAUAUCAAUUUUAUAUGGAUAAAGGGGGAGUUUAUAUGGAUAAAUGUAUUUUUACAUUUCUUAUCUUAGGACUAAAAAUUGGAAAAAGUAAUGUUGAUUAAGGUUUGAUAAAUGUGUAACAGUGAUGGGAUUAAAUAAUUUGAUUGUUGAAAA